CAGAAAGUGAAAUCACUCGUUAGCGACCACCUUCUCCACGGAUUGCAGCGCUAUUUUCACUACCUCUCAUUGUUCACACUGGAUACCGCGUCUUUGAUGUGGUAUUAAUUUUUGUCAGUUAGGAUCUCUGAGGCGCAAGUGUUGACCGUCAGUAUGUGGACUAUCGUUGGACCGUUCGAUGGUGAAACCGGAGAAGUCAACUUUGCCAAAUCUAAGCUGCUAAAGCCUGGGUCAACGUACGGUUUGGGAAGGAAAGGCCAGCCGCUGUUAAUUAACAGCAAAAAGAUAUCACAUCACCAUUGUGAACUCAUUAUAGGAGAGAGUAAGGUGGACGAUGUGUCUGAUCCGCAUUCAAAGCCGAAUGUUCAACUAGUAAAUAAGAAAGACAAGAUGUUCAAGGUUGAGAGGAACGGAGUUCCUUUCCCUGCCAAUUCAGCUGCAGUCGUAGAGCUACAGGACGGUGACAUACUUCAGUUGGUGUCUGCAGUAUCUGCGAGCGUAAGAUGGUUGCCUGUGUGUGUCUAUUUGUCGCUGACGCGAGGGAAAGCGUCCACAUCUCUGGAGUCUUGUGCAGUACUAGGCAUCAAAGUGGUCCACACACCGAACCCUAAUGUCACACACCAUAUCACCUCCACACUCUCAGCAACAGCAUCAAUUGCCGCAUCACUCAUAUCUGCAUGCCAAAUCGUCAAACCGGAAUGGCUUAGUGAGGUGCUCAGGCUUGGAAGUCUACCGGACGAUGAUCCUUCGUCGCUUGAGAGCCAUUUCAAGAUGCCUCUUGCCUCCAAAUACCGUCCCACUUUUUCACCUGAACUUCUGGAGAAAGACAAGACAGCGGACGUAUGGAACCCUAAUGAAGAACGGCUCCACAUUUUCAAGGACUACCGGUUCAUGUGCAUCAGUGAAAAGUCCAGAGAGAUUGAUAAUGAGCUACGUGGACUUCUCGAACGCGGCGACGGGGCAAUUGAAACUUUCAAUAUACAAGAUGGCGGUGCAAAGUGGCGGAAAGCAUUAUCUCGCGGACGUGCAAAGGAGAACGUGAAGAUGGUUGCUAUUGCAUCGCAGGAUGCCAUGGUGGCCGCCGUUGGGCCCGAGAGUUGGCGGGAGCUACUAGAAAUUGCUCGGGAGUUUGAAGUACGUGUACUCGAACCCCAGGACAUUGUUCAGACCGUGUUGGAUGUGAAUGUGUCAAUAUUUACUCAAGGAUCAACCGACAUAGAAUCUUCCCUUCCACACGUCAUUCCCAAUUCUAUACCAGAUGAGCCAUCUGCUCCACCUCCCGAGCUAGAAUCAGCUGUUCCAUCUCGCAAGAAGCUGAUCAGACGAGCAGUCUCUCACCAAGGGUCCCAAGAGCCUGCCAGUAUACCGGAUCUGAACCCAGAGGAAACUCUGCCUCCGCGGCGUAAACUAACGAGAAGAACAGGGUCCCAACAACCGGAAGACACUCCAGUUUCGCUGAUGCUUCCUCCGGAAGGUGCACUGCCUCCAAGGCGGACUUUGACAAGACGUGCUAACGCAGGACUACCAAUUAUCAGUGGAUUGAAUGAUAAUUCGAUAUUGAUCAACUCGUUAACUACUUCGGCACCAGCAACCCCGGCCGAGUCUACGGCUGAAAGUUCUAUUCCCCUGCAACGUUCUAAGAAACUUAAACGUCGCCUCGACACAACAGAUACUAUCGAGUCGCAAUUGGCCACCAUAGGCAGGAUUGAAGUCCCUGAAGAGCCCGCAUACAAAAAGCAUAAAGCUUUAUUCGAUGCGAGCGAUCCAGAAAAGGCUGGAAUAACAUUUGACGGGACGAACUUCAGUGGCUUCCAGAGCAGUGCUGCCAGUCAAACGCAGAAUCAGUCUGAAACACUGGGUUCCCGGAGUUCCAGAAGCGGUGCUCUUCAUCCGGUCCGUGAGGAAGAGGAGGAGACUCAGCAGUCCGUACCCGAAGGUAGCAGAGGGCAAAAAAGAAAGACUUUUUCAGAAGAUGUUGAAAUGGCUGAUGUUGAGGAGGUUCUCGCACCUACACCGGAGACCGAAGCACCUCCGGCUAAGAAGCGAGCCGUAGACAAUGACAAUGCUGUUCACCGUCUGCCGACAACAACUAUCCAGGCUGAGGAUCGGACCAGACCGAAGCCGCCUUCUACCGUUCAACCAACGAAGUCCAAAUCCGGUGCUUCUCCAGGUAAGCCGGAUACGGACGAUGCUUUCUUGAAGGCAAUCGCCUCUACAAAACGUGGGAAGAAAAAUGAGGACGAAUUUGAUCGAGAGUUCAACAAGCUCAAGAUUUCCAAACCCGAAUUGAAUAAAGAGAACCCGGAGGAUGAGUGGAAGGUCUUGGAACAGUUUGGCGACGAUAAUAGGGUUAGAGGGAACUUCAUGGUUGUCGUCCCGAUGGAGGUGCAUGGCAAACAUGGGGGAAGGACGAGACAGACGGAAACAAAUGCGGAAUGGCAAGGCAAGCCCAAUUUCAAGAAAUUCAACAAGGUAACAAGCCGGGUGCGCUCGAAGCUCGUUGACCUUGUCAUUAGUGAUGAGAGUACUAUGGCUCCGGCGACGGCGUUCUCUCAAAUCUCAGCAGAUUAUCAGCAGAGAGAAGAGCCCAUUGACAUCGAUUCACCCGAACCGCCAAAACGUACAAAGAGUCAAAAGAUUCUUAUCAACGACUCGGAUUCGAAUAAUGAUCACCCUCCGCCCGUUGUCCAGAAGACCAAGAAUAAGCCACCCUCUCGAGCAGGGAGUGUUGUCCCCAAGAAAAGAGCAGCAUCGCGGAGGCCUAGCACUCCUCCUUUGUUUUUGGAGGACUCGGAGGAUGAGGGCAUGCAGCAAGAUUUAGCGGCGGAUGACGACGACGUACAGACACUGCAAUCCAGCGCGCCUUCACGUAAGGGUACCCAAACAAGAAGGGGGACGGCCAAAAAGGCCGCACUGAAGGUCGAUGAUGAUUCUGAUUCUGAUGCGGUGUUUAAGCCUGUGAAGACCAGGAAAAGGAAGUGACAGUUUGCUUCAUUAUUGGAUAGAUGGUGUACCUAUGAUUGGUCUACGUACGUGUUUCCCCCAUGUGUUUAAUGUACUAGUUAUAUCGUUGAGGGUGCUGAUCUUGCAAAUCUCAAUGACCCUGGAAAGGUAAGUUGGAGAAUUUGGCGAUGGAAGAUUUGUUGAAAUGUCGAGCGCCCUAAGUUUGACGCUGAUUGUACUGCAGAGGAUCCACUUGAUGAUCCAUUCGUUGGCCCACUCAAUCUAAG